UUUUGUUUGUUUUAUGUAGAUUUAAACAUGUGGGCAGAGGAUGAUUUGUAUCCAGGUGUGCCAUGUCUCAACAGCUACACUGAGCCUGUAAAUGGUCAAAUAUACCUGAUGUAUCAUGGGACCUCUCGAAAUGCUGCACAGCAGAUCAUGGCCUGUGGCUUUCGCCCGUCUGCAAAUGGCAUGCUUGGACGUUGCGUCUACCUCAGCCGAGAUCUUAACAAGGCCAGCAGAUACCCACUUAAUCUGCCUGAGCAUCAAAGAGUUGUGAUUAGAGUGCGGGUCAAUGUUGGAAGAGUAAAAAAUCCAAUGCAGAAGACCUGGCAUGAUAAGGGGUACGACACUGCUUGGUGCCCUCCUAACUGUGGCAUGGUGCUGAGCGGCCUGGAAGAAGACUGUGUUUGGGAUCCAAACCGGAUUCAGAUCAUUGAUAUAAUUUACCCAAAAGUGCAGAGUGGCUAUUAUUAAAAAAAAAUCAUGAAAUAGACAAUAGAAAUAGAAAUGACAAAUAUACUGGUUAUUUUUCAUGUUUUAAAAAAAUAAAACAUUGCUGUCAACU